AUGUUGGACUACACAUCUCCAAGAAAUUCUACUCCUCUGUCAUGUGAUUCAGCCUACACUCAAGCUGAAGCUGUAAAAUCCGACUAUGGCCGCCACCAGUCAUUUACAUGGCACAACGCAGUUGGAAAAAACAAUGAACUUGUUUCAGUUUUUAAAAUUUCUUUAAAAACCAAAGAUUACGAAAUUGUAACUCCGUAUGAUGUUGAUUUGGCAAAGCAUCAUGCCAAACACAUUAAGACUGUACGACAUCCAUUUAUUCUUAAGGUUCUAGACUCAUAUGAGUCAGAUUCUGCAAUUUGUAUCAUUACUGAGCGAUGUUAUCCUUUUAAAAGCAAGUAUUUGGCUUCAGACCCUACUCUAGGCAUUAGCCAGGUCUGUUCAGCCUUAAACUUUCUACACAAAAAGUGUAAACUAGUUUAUUCAAUGGUUAAUCCAUAUGGUAUUGGAGUCAAAGAAGAUGGUUCUUGGUGUUUAUAUAAUUUUGAGCUUGUUUCUGAUAUUGAUAAGACUCUUAGUCAACAUCAAAAUGUUGUUAAAAAUCAUAUUUCAUUCAAUGAUGGUUGGAGACCAACAAUACAAAAUCUUAACCUCAAUUCUGUACAUUUCGACAAUUGGCAACUUGCAGUUUUCAUAUGCUGGGUUUAUGCUUUAAUUUCUGAUAAUGAGGAACGUUGUAAUAUUAAAAGAUAUGGCUUUGAUUUCAAUUCUUUCAGACUUAUUGUACCCAAAGUUCUACACCAAUUCUUAAACGAAUUACUUGGUGAUGGUGAAGUGGAUUUGGAUAUGGUAUUAAAAACGAACCCAUAUUUUAAGGAUAAUAUAACCUUUAAUACCAUUACAUUUAUCUCAGAAUUACAUAUAAAAACACAAUUUGAAAUUGAAGAAUUCUUUACAAAACUACCAGAAAAUAUUAAUAAAAUCCCAGUACUAAUACGGUGUAAACAAUUGUUACCUGAGAUAUUAAAGAGUAUUAACUUGUGUAAGAAUUUUUUGCCUAUGAUUUUGGACUGUGUGAUAAUGAUUUGUAAAUCAAUAGUACUACAGGACUUUAGAAAACAUGUGUAUCCAUCGAUUCUGGACCUUUUUAAGGAUAAUGACAAGUCAAUAAGGUUCUGUCUCUUGAAGAGAAUUAAUGAACUGGACGAAUUAUUGGAUGAGAAUCAAGUGUCCCAAGACAUGUUUGAAUAUUUUUACGUUGGGUUCACUGAUCCUUCACCUCAAAUUAGAGGUGAAACUAUAAAGUCACUCUCAUACCUGAUUCGGAAAAUAAACUCUAAACAAAAGGUCAGUUGUACCUACUCACUUCUCAAAUGUGUUUCUGACUCUGAGCCUACAAUCAGAGCCAAUUCCAUAAUUUGUUUUGCUAAAAUUAUACCAUUCAUUGAGCCUGAGCUGGUUUCUAAAGUCCUGCCACAAGUUUGGAGAAAUGGUCUCCACGAUACCUUUUUAAAGUCAAAAAUCGCUUCUCUUGAGUCAAUAUCUGCAUCACACAUUUUUCUUACACCUGAGGAUAAGGCUCAUUCUCUAAUUCCACUGGUUUCUGAGACUCUUUUAGACCCUGAUGUUCAAGUUCGUAGACUUUCAUUUGACACAAUUUCAAAGCUUUUGGACUCUUUAAAACCCUUUGCAAUUCCAGGUAAUUUUAUACCAAAUCAAUUUCUUCAGAAAGUGUUGAGAAAUCAACUGGUGAAAAGAGUUGGUAAAUUUAAUCUUUCAAAUUAUAUAUACAUUAGUGUAUAUAUACUAGUGGAUUUCUAUAUAUACUAUUCCAUACUUACACACUAA